UAGUCGGAUGGAGUGAAGCAGACAUUGGUUCCCCCCGCGGUGUGAGUUGGUUGCUCCCAGCUGGUCCCCGCUCCUGCGCGCUGCUAACAUGGCGCCGGGUCCGAUACAGCGAGUCCCGAGAGUGCAGGCCUGAGACUGCUACAUGGGGCACGAGAACGGGCUGACCGCAGGAGCAGGAACUGACCGACCGUUACUGCGAUUACCGGCUUAACAGGUAACGAUUUCUUAUAAUUGCAAGAAUGACGUCUAUCAUUAAGCUAACCACGCUUUCUGGAGCGCAGGAGGAAUCUGCUCUUUGCUACCUGCUUCAAGUUGACGAAUUCCGCUUUCUCUUGGAUUGCGGCUGGGAUGAGAAUUUUUCCAUGGACAUUAUAGACUCCAUCAAGAAAUAUGUUCAUCAGGUGGAUGCUGUUCUCUUGUCUCACCCGGAUCCCUUGCACCUUGGGGCUCUUCCAUAUGCCGUUGGGAGGAUGGGUUUAAAUUGCGCCAUAUAUGCCACAAUUCCAGUGUACAAGAUGGGGCAAAUGUUUAUGUAUGAUAUGUACCAGUCUCGGCAUAAUACUGAAGAUUUCAAUCUGUUUACUCUUGAUGAUGUGGACUGUGCAUUUGAUAAAAUACAGCAACUGAAAUUCUCCCAAAUUGUGCAUCUAAAAGGGAAAGGACAUGGUUUGUCCAUAACACCUUUGCCAGCCGGGCACAUGAUCGGAGGGACCAUAUGGAAAAUUGUGAAAGAUGGAGAAGAAGAAAUUGUUUAUGCUGUAGAUUUCAAUCACAAGAGAGAAAUACAUUUGAACGGCUGCUCCCUCGAGAUGAUCAAUAGACCUUCCCUCCUUAUCACAGACUGUUUUAAUGCCACCUAUGUACAGCCUAGGAGAAAACAGAGAGAUGAGCAGUUGUUAACAAAUGUCCUGGAAACCCUACGAGGUGACGGGAAUGUCCUCAUUGCGGUGGAUACGGCCGGGCGGGUUCUGGAACUUGCACAGCUUCUAGACCAGAUUUGGAGAACCAAGGAUGCUGGCCUUGGGGUUUACUCUUUGGCGCUCCUAAAUAAUGUCAGCUACAAUGUAGUUGAGUUUUCCAAGUCUCAGGUUGAAUGGAUGAGUGACAAAUUGAUGAGAUGCUUUGAAGAUAAAAGGAACAAUCCGUUCCAGUUCCGUCACCUUACUUUAUGUCAUGGUUUUGCUGACCUUGCACGUGUUCCCAGCCCUAAAGUGGUCCUUGCAAGCCAACCUGAUCUGGAGUGCGGUUUUUCCAGGGAGCUCUUUAUUCAGUGGUGCCAGGACCCCAAAAACUCUGUCAUCCUCACCUACAGAACAACUCCAGGAACACUUACCCGCUUUCUUAUUGAUAACCCUUCAGAAAAGAUCAUAGAUAUGGAGCUUAGAAAACGCGUGAAGCUUGAAGGAAAGGAAUUGGAGGAGUAUUUGGAAAAAGAGAAACUGAAGAAGGAAGCUGCCAAAAAACUGGAGCAAUCUAAAGAAGCAGACAUUGAUUCCAGUGACGACAGUGAUACAGAGGAGGACAUUGACCAACCAACCUUACACAAGGCCAAACAUGACCUGAUGAUGAAGAGUGAAGGGAGCAGGAAGGGAAGCUUCUUCAAACAGGCAAAGAAAUCCUAUCCCAUGUUUCCUGCACCAGAAGAGAGAAUUAAAUGGGAUGAAUAUGGUGAAAUCAUAAAGCCAGAAGACUUCUUGGUUCCAGAGCUUCAAGCCACAGAAGAGGAAAAAAGCAAACUGGAAUCUGGCCUAGCCAAUGGUGAAGAACCAAUGGACCAAGACUUAUCUGAUGUUCCUACCAAAUGUGUCUCCACAACAGAACCGAUGGAAAUCAAAGCACGAGUAACGUACAUCGACUACGAGGGUCGCUCUGAUGGCGACUCAAUCAAAAAGAUUAUUAACCAGAUGAAGCCCCGCCAGCUGGUUAUUGUACACGGACCGCCGGAUGCCAGCCAAGACCUGGCUGAGGCAUGCAGAGCAUUUGGAGGCAAAGACAUUAAAGUGUACACCCCAAAACUGCAUGAAACAGUGGAUGCCACAAGUGAGACUCACAUAUACCAGGUUCGACUGAAGGACUCUUUAGUCAGCUCUCUUAAGUUCUGCAAAGCCAAGGACACUGAAUUAGCGUGGAUUGAUGGAGUUCUGGACAUGCGGGUGUCUAAGGUGGACACAGGUGUCAUCCUGGAGGAGGGAGAGUUGAAGGAUGACGGAGAGGACUCAGAAAUGCAAGUGGACACUCCUGGAACAGAUGCCAAUAUCAUUGCUCAGCAGAAAGUGAUAAAGAGCCUCUUUGGCGAUGAUGACAAAGACUUCACCGAGGAAAGUGAGAUCAUCCCGACUCUUGAGCCAUUACCAAGUAAUGAGGUUCCAGGACAUCAGUCUGUCUUUAUGAAUGAACCACGGCUUUCUGAUUUUAAGCAAGUUCUCCUGCGAGAGGGGAUACAGGCUGAGUUUGUUGGUGGCGUGCUUAUCUGCAACAAUAUGGUGGCUGUUCGGAGGACUGAAAAUGGACGGAUUGGCUUAGAGGGAUGUCUUUGUGAAGACUUUUUUAGGAUAAGAGAACUUUUAUACGAGCAAUAUGCCAUUGUGUAAAGAUGGUGUCAGGAAGGAGGCCUGCAUUUGAGACCUUCCACGUUGGGGAACUUCACUUUUUUUAUAUUUAUUUUUAUAGUUGUAAAUGCAAGUGAAGGCAUCUUCUUGUGUCAGACGAUUGAAUGAUUGUCAAGUUUUGUAUCUCCUGUUAUGGAAACAAAACAAUUGGAUGUUCUGAAGCAAAAAAAAUCAUCAUUUUUUUUUUUUUUUUUUUGAGCAUAGUUUAUAAUGUUCUCCUUUGUAGGGCUGGUUUGUAUAAAUAUUGUUUUCUACUU